UUUGUUCGGCAGAGUUCGGCUUUGGGUGCAGCCGCUUUGUGAAUUUGUUUUUGUUUUAAUUAAAGUAAUAGUGAGUGAUAACGGUGUAACACUUUUUGUAAAAUGAUCUAACCACCUGCAAUGUCUUUUACACAGCGUGAUUGCGUGCAGUGUUUUUGAAAAGCAGUCGCUUCCGCCAUGACGAUGGCUCUCUUGAUCGGGAAGUAUUCCAUGAUUCCUGUAUACGUUUUGUGUAUCGCGCUCUGCUAUCCUGUUUCGGGUGAGCCCGACCCAGUCCGCAUACAGAACGUAACAGCCACGGGGGAGUACGGAAAAGAUGCCGUCCUCACAUGUCUUAUUAGCAAGCUGGAGAAUCCGAACGUCCAAUGGAUGAUCGAAGGGAAAACUGAGCCCAUAAACUAUGAGGAAAGGACUGAAGCAACAACUUCUACGGUUCCUGUUGCAGGAACCGCGGAAACCGUAAAAUACACAACCCAGAUCAAAAACCAGUCUUACAUCCUGAAAAUCGCGAACGCCACAGAAGAUGACGCCAGGAACUAUACUUGCGUGGUGCAAGGGGAAGCCAGGACUGAAUACUUGAAUCUAAGCUUCCCUGGAAAACCAAUUUCUAUGAAAUCUGAUCCUAAGGCGGACUCUAAUAGCAUUGUGCAGUUCAACUUGCCGGCGGACAAGAAUAAGACGCUGACUCUGACAUGCGAGUUUGAGGUUUACGACCAAACCGAGAUCGAAUGGGUACUACAACGAUACAACGAAGAAGACAUCCCUUUAAACGGGACCACGACCAAAAACAUGAAAAACCUCAUCGGCACUUACAGUACACAGAUAUCUAAAGAAUCAUUCGACAUCCAGAAUGGCACGCAUAUAUGUCGAGUUUGGGAUUCACAUGGAUACAAAAAUCUAACCAGCAAAAUACAUGUAAAAGUUGUUGCUCAUCCCGUUGUCACAAUAACAUUCGCUAAGCCUGUUAGCUCCUCAGCGAUCUACUUGAACUGGACGGUCAAACAAUACAAUUCCGACAUUAAAAGAUACGAAUUGAGAUACAAAAAUACUACGGAAACCGAUUACCACUUCAGUCCGACUUCUAUCAAUAAAACUGCAAAUUUCUAUGUCCUCGGUGGAUUAGCGAAAAACACCACGUACGCGUUAAAACUUAAAGUUGAAACGGGUGCUGGGAGCAAUCAUGAUGAGGUCUCCAAUCUGACCACAUUGCCGAAAGACCCUGACUUCGUCCCGAAUAUUUCCAUCAAUGGAUUCACGGCACGUUCCAUGACUAUUGGUCUGAGUGCCCCGCCUAGUGACAUAGCCGAGUACGUGCAUUAUUAUCAGCUGGAGGUGUGGAAGAAGAUCGACAAGAAUAACACAACGGAGAACGCGGUUCAUAUUAGAGACGACAGGAAUCUGCCCUACAUGUUUAACAACCUCGAUCCGCACACGACAUACGUUUUUAGGGCGAAAGCAUGUUUCGAAUAUGGCGGCAACUACAACUGCUGCGGAAACUGGUCGAAAGAAAUGGAGGCAUUAACUAUGGACGGGAUACCCAACGAGCCGAACAAUUCCGUUAUACAUUGUGGCUUCUCGGUGGAACAGGGGUACUACAUGAAUCUCACGUGGGAGCAACCGACCAAGCCCAAUGCUGAGAUUAAAGGAUAUAUGAUGGAGGUGACAGGCAACGCGACUUAUAUCGACCGGUUCGGCAAGUGGAAGAUGGACACGUUCGGACCGCUCACCAAAUUGUUCACCAAUGAGACUUUUCUUGCCAGGGUGCCAGACUUGAAACCUAACAUGAACUACACGGUGCGACUGAUGGCGAUGACGCGGUCCCGUCGUCGAGGACAGGAGAAGGUGGACUACUGCACCACGGGCCGCGGGCCGCCCGACUUCCCGCCGCGGCCGAGCUGGCGCAAGGUUGAAGAGAAAAAGGGGGAUACUUCUGAAUAUUCACUCAGAGUACGAGUUCCUCGUAUUGCCGAGCGAAACGGACCUAUUUGCUGCUACAGGGUAUACCUAGUGCGUCUACCUAAAGGCAAGGGCUGGAUCUCCACCAACCCUCAGGACCUGCCCGUCAUCACGUGGGUCGACGCCCACGCCGCCAACUCCGACUACGAGGAGGGUGCCUACGUCACUGACAUAUUCAACCACAAUAAUUUCCCCAACGUCGAACUGAUACUCGGCGACAACACAAGUGUGAACAUGACACGUGAAGACAACAACACAUGCAGUCGCUGCUUCGAGCGGCCACUGAGAAAAGAACCCCCUACGACUGCGAAGAUUGCUAUAGUCACUGCUGAGCCCGAUUAUGACGAGAAGACAACGGAAGUAACGAAGACUAAGCGAUCUUUGGAUACCAGAGAGGAUCAGUUAAUCACGCCGACAGAUGGGAAAUUGGACCCAUCGGUGAACUAUACGCUUUUCGUUGAGUUAAUACCGGGCACCGAUGAUCCAUCUCUGUACAGCAGCUACACUAAUGCACUCAACACGGCCAUACCACCGCAGAUUAUCGCCGCUAACAACAUGGAAACUGCGCUGCAGAUAUGCUGCGGUGUAGCCGCUCUACUCCUAUUGGCUACAAUUAUUUUCUGCGUCGUUCACACGCGGCGCGCGCGCAAGCAGCCGCUGCGGCACGCGCAUGUCGAGCUUAAUCCCAUUCAGGCCGCGCUAAGAUACGUGGUGGGGCACAUCGGCGGGCGCACGCCGCUGGUGUCGGCGCCGCCGCCGGACAUGCCGCCCGUCGCGCUGGAGGACCUCGCCGCCGCCUACGCCGAGCGGCAGGCCGACUCCGACUACGGCUUCCAGAAGGAGUUCGAGCUGCUACAAAUGCUCCCCGAAUGCUAUCCGGACCGCACCACGCACGCCUCCGAAGCGCGCGAGAACCAGCCCAAGAACCGCUACCCCGACAUCAAGGCUUACGACCAGACGAGAGUCAAGCUCUCCCAGAUAGAUGGCAUCACCGGCUCAGACUAUAUCAACGCGAACUAUGUCAUGGGAUACAAGGAGCACAAGCAGUUCAUUUGCGCACAAGGCCCAACAGACACGACCGUCAACGACUUCUGGCGUAUGAUUUGGGAACACGGGCUGGAGCUGAUCGUGAUGCUGACCAACUUGGAGGAGUACAGCAAGGUGAAAUGCUCCAAGUACUGGCCGGACGAGGAUCGUGGAUCGCGGGCCUUCGGCGCCAUCACCGUGCACCAUGUCUCUGAGAAACGGUAUUCCGAUUACAUCGUGAGAGAGUUGAAAAUCGUAAAGCAGGCUACGAACUCAGAGGGCCAGCCGAUAGUUGAAAACAACGGCGUUGCCAAGAGAAACGGAGAUUGUAAAGAGCCAGAAAGCGGGAGCGCGCCCACAUCUCCUCGGGAGGUAAAGGACAGCACCCGCGUCGUGCGACAGUACCACUUCCUCAUGUGGAAGGACUUCGCCGCGCCCGAGCACCCGCAGUCCAUACUCAAGUUUAUCAAGCGUAUGAACGAAGCAUGGUCGCACCUAAUGGGCCGGCCAGUGGUGGUCCACUGCUCGGCCGGCGUGGGCCGCACGGGCACGCUGGUGGCGCUGGACUGCCUGCUUGACCAGCUGCGCACCACGCGCCGGGCGGCCGUGUUCACCACCGUCGCCGAGCUCCGCCGCCAGAGGAACUUCCUGGUGCAGUCGCUGAAACAAUACGUUUUCGUCUACCGAGCGCUAGUCGAGUACGCGCACUACGGCGACACAGAGAUCCCAGCAUCGCGGCUCAAAUCCAGCAUCGACCGCCUGAGGAACACUGCCGAAGGGGCGGAUAAGUGCCUCAUGGAACACGAGUUCGAGAAAAUGAUGAACCCGCCAGUAACAGAACCACUAAAGUCCUGCUCAGCGGGCUCCGUAGAAGAAGCCCGGGCCAAGAAUCGAAGCCCGGAAUACCUACCCUAUGACCGCAACCGCGUCAUAUUGGCACCAGCGCCGCCUCUGCACUAUUCCACAUACAUCAACGCGUCCUUCAUUGAAGCAUACGACAAUUCAGAAGGCUUCAUAAUCACGCAGGACCCACUGCCUAACACCAUCGUGGACUUCUGGCGGAUGGUGUCCGAACACAACGUCUCUACUAUCGUUAUGUUAAGUGAACUGGGCGAAGGCAAGUGCCCGCGCUACUGGGACGACGGCACAGCGCAAUACGAGCAUAUCUCAGUGCAGUAUGAAGAGAGCGAAUCCUGUCCGUACUACACGAGGCGGCAGUUCCGGGUCACUAAUAACAAGAGCGGCGACGUGUGCGUGGUGCGGCAACUGCAGUACCAGGGCUGGCCCACGGCGCCGGGCCACGUGCCCGAGGUGACGCGCGGGCUGGCCGAGCUGGCCGACGCGGCGCGCCAGCAGCCCUCACCCGCCAUGCACGCCGAGCCCGCCAUGCUGCUGCACUGCCAAUACGGCACAGAACGGUCGGCGCUGUUCGCGGCGCUGUGCAUUCUGAUCGCGCAGCUGCGCAACGAGCGGCGAGUGGACGUGGCCGCCACCGCGCGCAAAGUGCGCUCACAGCGCGCCGGCACCAUCAAUACUUUCUUACAAUACGAAUUCCUCCACCGUGCCAUACUCAACUAUGCGGAGCUGCACAACCUACUAGAAGACAGUUAAACUUUCUUCCCCACGCCUUUAGCGCAAUAAUGGACUUUAUCCCCUGCACGGUAGGCUCAAUUUUACCUGCACACCCCAUGUGGGCAGCGACGCUCAAACUUUUGUAACG